CGGCCGCAGGUGGAGGUGGACAGACUGACCGGGGCAGCCUCCCGGUUGUCGGCGCGGGGUCCGGCGGCUGCAGGGGCGGCGAUGGGGCCGGAGUGGGACGCGCUGCGGGCGCUGGGGGCGGCGGCCGCCCUGUGCCUGCUGCUGCGGGCGGCGUGGGGCGCGGGCUGCGCGGUCUACGUGCACCUGCUGCCCCCGGUGCGCCGCGGGGCGCCCUGGCUCCGGGCGCACGGAGCCUGGGCAGUGGUGACCGGAGCCACCGGGGGCAUCGGCCGCGCCUACGCGCACGAGCUCGCCCGGAGAGGCCUGAACAUCGUCCUCAUCAGUCGCAACCUGAGCAAGCUGGAGCAAGAGGCGAAGGAGAUAGAGCGGCUGCACGGCAGGCUCACUCGAGUCAUCCAGGCGGACUUCACCGGCGGCCUGGAGAUCUACGAGGCGGUGAAGGCGGGACUGGAGGACCUGGAGGUCGGAGUCCUGGUGAACAACGUGGGCACCUUGUACCAAAAGGCCAUGGCGAGGCUGCUGGACUGCGAGGACGUGGCCAAGAGGCUCUCUGAUGUCAUCAACUGCAACAUCAUGUCUGUGGCCCAGAUGACCGCAAUUGUCCUGCCCCGAAUGGUCUCCAGGCGCAAAGGGAUCGUCAUUAACAUCUCCUCCUUCCUGGACCAGAAGCCCUGUCCGCUGCUGUCGGCCUACGCCGCGUCCAAGGCCUUCGUGCGGAGCUUCUCGCAGGCCGUGGGCGCGGAGUACCGCUCCCGGGGAGUCCUCGUGCAGACCGUGAGCCCCGUCAUGAUCGAGUCCAAUAUGACCAGUGAGGUAAAGUACCGGACUCUGGUUCUGAAUCCCGUGGACUUCGCUCGGCAGGCGCUGGACACCCUCGGCCUCACCUCCCAAACCUCUGGAUGCUUCAGCCAAGCUGUGCAGGAUGCCCUGCUGGCUCUCCUCCUGCCCAGCUGGUUUUGUCUCAGUCGCUGGGGACCAAAGGUUUUGCUUCUGUUGAACAAAGCCGUCACCAAGGCACAGCCCUCCCAUAACAGGCCUUGAAGACGUGCGGCCGCCUCCCUCCCAGCCCAGGGCUGUGAUGUCAGCAAAGGCCCCCGCCCGUGGGGGUGGGUGGGAUGUGUAUACUGAGUGGCCAGACUAUGGUGAUCGCUGAACACUCUGGCCACUCCAUGUGUGUGAGUGUGUGUGUGUGUGUGUACACUAGUAGCAUAUGUGUGUGUGUGUAGUGUGUGUGUGUGUACACUAGUAGCCUGUGUGUGUGUGUACAUUAGUAGC